CGUAUUUAGGACCUAAUAUCUUUGAUCAUACUUACGUACUUACGUGGAAAGUCUACAAUUCGCCCUCAUUAAAAAAUGGUGCAACUUGGCAAGUGGUAUUGGCGCGGAAUGGUUAUUCAGCCUUAGAAGAGACUUUUAUUUCAGAUAUAACAUUAAUGAAGAAAGUCUACUACGAAUUCAAAAUGGAUUCUGCUACGGGGAGAAGAGAUUCUUCAGAAUUUAAUGAUGAAACACAUCAAGAUUCAAGCGACGACAAUAGAGAUCAGUCUAAAGAAAAGCAAGAGGUUAGAGAAGAAACGACCGACCAUGAUAAGAAGUAUGGAGAGAAAAAGAAAUCCAAGAAGAAGAAACACUACGAUCAAAAGUAUCAAGCCAUCUGGGAAAAAACGCCACAAUUUCGCAAUUGGAUCGGAAAAAGUACUCAAGGAGUCGCAUUCUUCUAUUGCAAUUAUUGCAAAAAAGAUUAAAAAUCAGGUAAAACAGAAGUAGAACGGCAUUUUAAGUCUAAAAAGCACUCUGAUAAUGCUGCGGAUUAUGGGCAGAAACAAAUGUCUUUAUCAGACUCCAGUUUUAAUCUCGAAGUUAAUAUUGACCAAAAGAAGAAAAUAAAUGCGAUAAAAAUAGCGACCUUUAUAGGCGAACACGAUUUGUCUUUUAAUAUCUUAGCUGAUUUGACUAAAAUGAUUCAAAAUUUGUGUUUAGAUUAGGAAGCCAUUAAAAAACGAGUUGCAGUAGAACAAAGUGCAGAUCGAUCAUUGUAAAUGUUUCUUGUCGAUUCUCUUUCGAAUGUUUAGUAGACAAAUUGAGAGAAAAUAAGUUUUCUAUUAUAAUUGACGAAUCAACGGAUAUCAGUUCCGUAAAAUGCUUAGCUAUUGUCAUUAGAAUAUUCGAUGAGAACAAAGUUCAGGACGAAUUCUUAUGUGCAAAAGAAAUCGCAAAAGCUGAUACAAAUCAUAUUUACGAAUUAUUAGUAAAUUACUUCAACGAGAAUAGCAUUCCAUAUAAAGAUAAUUGUAUAGGUUUUGCUGCGGACGGUGCUUUGGUUAUAAUGGGAAAAAACCACUCGGUAUCUGUUAAGUUGAAAGCUGAUAUUCCUUUGCUAUUCAUUUUGAAGUGUAUUUACCAUUCCUUCGCUUUGGUUGCAUCGAACGCUUGUAAAAAAAUACCAUCCAACGUCGAAUUACUUGUUAGACUAAUUUAUAACUACCUACACCGUAGUUUCAAAAGACUCACUGAAUUUGCGGAAUUUCAAGUCUUUUUCGAACUCAAGCCACAUAAGAUGCUACGACCGUGCCAAACUUGAUGGCUGUCUCUUCUUCCAGCUGUUAUGGGCGUAAGAGAGCAGUAUCCAGCCCUAAAACUAUAUUUUGAUGGAGAAAACCUAAAUCCAAAGAACGACGAGAAAAUGAAUGUUGCGACGAUUCAUAAAUUGCUUUCUGAUCCUCUAAAUAAACUUUAUCUUGAUUUUCUGAAUAACGUGCUUCUACACUUCACUUAUUUGAACAAGGAAUUCCAAUCAGAAACUACAAAAAUUCAUGUAUUAUACUGGAAGAUUGCUCAGGUGUACAAAACUAUUCUCGAUUGUUACAUAAAGAGAGAUAUUUUGAAUUCACAAGGUUUAGAUCAAAUCCAAUAUAGAUAUCUGUGUAAUUUUGUUAAAGUUGAAGACGUGUACUUGGGACCAGCGGUAGCGAUAUCCCUUGGAAAAAUUAAAAAUCUAGACGAAGAUCGCUUACACCAGUUUCGAUUGAAGUGUCUUGAUUUCUAUGUAAAAGCAGCGCACGAAAUAUAUCUGAGAUUUCAUUUUAAUUUUGAAUAUCAGAAAUUACUAGCACGAAUGAAUAUCGUGGAUCCAGCGUAUUUCAAAGCGAACCGUCCACCAUCAGUUGCCCCACUUGCUGCAUUGUUUGAUCCAACUCUUAUAGAUAUCGAGGUUUUGGAUAGAGAAAGGCGUUUGUUGAGAAAUGACUUACGUAGAAAGGCAACUUUCUGAAGACUAUUUUACUUUCUGGAACGGCGCUUCUAAAAUUUUGAACGGUGACGGUUGCAUACAAAAAGACUUUUUAAAGACACGCCUGGCUACGAGUAUAGUAUUCCCAAAGAAAUGGUUAAACAAUUUAACAGCAGCAUGUACGAAGCAAAAUAAGAUGCUUUUUAAUAUUCAAAACAUUAGCUCUUAAGGUGGAGCAUGACGUACCUUCAGGAUUCAGUAUUAAAAAAAUAAAUAUCAGAACCAAAGAAUGUUUUUAAGACUCAAUAAAAUAAGAUUCUACGUAGGUGUAACAAUUUUGUGAUAUUUCAAGGUACUUGAAUCUUAUAAUAAGUUUAAAAAAUAUAUAAAUCAUCGUUAAAAUAUACUUUUAUUUUACAAGCUAU